AUGUGGCUCCUCAUAACCACAUCACUCUGCCUGGUGGCCACAGGUCUGGUAUACUUCGUCUCGAGGCGCUCCAGAAUUGCAGCAGAUGAGAUUGCCUUGGGAGAAGCGAAAGGGUGCGAGCCGCCGCCCAAAUUGCCGCACUCAUGGCCUCUUGCCCUUGACUUGAUCUUCGAUGCCUUCUCAGCGGCCAAAAAGGGCCGUAUCCUGCAAUUCUUCCAAGAUGUCACGCCCAGCGUACCCAAAACAUUCGAGCAAGUUCUGCUUGGGGUCUCCGGCGUUGAUACAGCUGAUCCGGAGAAUCUCGAGGCUAUGUUGUCUACACAGUUCAAAGAGUUCGGGCUAGGUGCCCGAAGACCUACCUUCUUUCCUCUGCUCGGCGAGGGCAUCUUUACGCAGGAUGGUGUUGCAUGGAAGGCCUCCCGCGAUAUCCUUCGACCUCAGUUCAUGGGCAAUCGCGCAAAGAACUUCGCUCAAAUGCAGGAAGCUACCGAGAAGCUGAUCGAUUCCAUCCCCGGAGACCGUCCGUUCGACCUCCAGCCUCUGUUCUUCCGCUUCACCCUGGCAACAACAACAUAUCUCUUGUUCGGCAAAAGUAUCGGUGCUCUUGACGAGUCUCAGGACCUCGAGGCUGCUUCUCGAGAAGCAGAAUUCGCCGAAGCAUUUACGGUUGCUCAGGAUUAUCUGGCACAGCGAGGGCGUUUAGGAGAUCUUUACUGGCUCAUUGGAGGCCCUAAGUUUUGGAAAGCUUGUCGUACCGUGCAUGACUUUGUUGACUCCAUGAUCAAGACUCGGAUAGAUGCGAGAGACACUGGCGACUCCAAAUAUGUGUUCCUUGAUGCUUUGCUGCAGCAGACCAACGAUAUCUUCCUUCUGCGAUCUCAGAUCCUCAAUGUUUUGCUGGCUGGGCGAGACACUACUGCCUGCUGUCUGACAUGGACAUUACGCCUUCUAUCGCGUCAUCCGGCAGUUCUCAAAAAGCUUCGUGCAGAAAUCGAAGACCAAGUAGGAGCCGAUGCUCCAACACAGCAAGAUCUCAAACGCAUGCAAUACCUCUCCUUCGUGCUCAAAGAAGUUUUGCGACUCUACCCUUCCGUGCCGGUGAACUCGAGAACAGCUCUAGUUACCACAACCCUACCAAGAGGUGGCGGAGCUCAAGGCACAAGCCCGGUGUUACUCCGCAAAGGAACGGCGGUGGGGUACUGUCCCUACCUCAUGCAUCGACGGGAAGACUUGUACGGCGAGGAUGCGGAAGAGUUCCGGCCUGAACGAUGGCAGGGUGGGCUGGAAAAGACGAUCGGUUGGGGUUACGUACCUUUCAAUGGUGGGCCACGGGUUUGUCUGGGUCAGGAGUUUGCGAUUUUGGAGGCUUCAUACGCCAUCGUACGUAUCCUGCAGGCUUUUGAAAGCAUAGAGCCUUGUGCGCCGCCGGGUAAUUUAGCAGAUGUUCAAAGCAAGCCGGGCAGUGAGCGGCAGAUGUUGACAUUGGUGUUGUCUCCUAUGGAUGGGUGCUGGACUGUGUUGAAGAGGGAGUCGCGGGAACAGUAA